UGCAGGAGCGCUGGUUCUGGCGGGUGCGGGGGGGCCGGGUGAUGCCCGGGUACCCCCUCCCCAUCGGCCACUUCUGGGCGGGGCUCCCGCCGGGCAUCGACGCCGCCUACGAGAGGGGGGAUGGGAAGUUCGUCUUCUUCAAAGGCUCCCGGCACUGGGUGUUCGAGGAGGGGGUCCUGGCCCCCGGGUACCCCCGAGCUCUGUCCGAGCUGGGCCGGGGGGUCCCCCCGGACGGGCUGGACGCGGCGCUGCUCUGGCUGCCCAGCGGCCACACCUACCUCUUCCGGGGGGACAAGUGGGUCCAAAAACACCCCAAAAACACCCCAAAAACGCCC